AUAAAAAAUACCAAAAGCGUACUAUGCAAGAGGCGUAAAAUUGCAGGAAACACAAGUGUAAGAUUAACAAGUCCAGUUCUACAAAAUCACUAAAGUCUCGAACCAGAAAAAAAAAAGACGAAAAGCCCUUAAAAAUAUCAGCACUCAACAGUGGUGAGUGCUAUAGAAAUUUAUCUCGUGAUUGUCGAUUCGGUUGAUACGUUCAUCUAUUGGUUGACGAAGAGCAAAUUGCCAACCGAGGAAUCGGCAUGGAAGAGUUGCGGAUAUCUCCGGCCGAUCCGAGGGGAAGUCCGGCGAAAGAGCAGCAAGCGGCCGGCGUCGGUAUUCUUCUUCAGAUUAUGAUGCUCGUUCUCUCCUUUGUCCUCGGCCACGUCCUUCGUCGUCAUCGGUUCUAUUAUCUUCCUGAAGCCAGUGCUUCGCUUUUGAUCGGUUUAAUUGUGGGGGUGCUGGCGAAUAUUUCCAAUACAGAGAAUAGCAUCAGGUCAUGGUUCAACUUCCACGAGGAGUUCUUCUUCCUGUUUUUGCUGCCGCCGAUUAUAUUCCAGUCAGGAUUCAGUCUGCAACCUAAACCAUUCUUUUCCAACUUUGGUGCCAUAGUAACAUUUGCAAUUUUUGGAACCUUUCUUGCUUCUGUGGUCACGGGCGUUUUAGUAUACCUUGCUGGAGCGACAUAUCUAAUCUACAGACUUCCUUUUGUUGAGUGUCUGAUGUUUGGUGCUCUCAUCUCAGCUACUGAUCCUGUCACCGUUCUGUCCAUAUUUCAGGAGCUUGGUACAGAUACGAAUCUGUACGCUUUGGUCUUUGGCGAAUCCGUGCUGAAUGAUGCAAUGGCAAUUUCUUUGUACAGGACGAUGUCACUGGUGAGGAGUCACUCGUCAUCGGAUCAAAAUCUUUUUAUGGUCGUGAUUAGAUUUCUGGAGACUUUCGUUGGAUCAAUGUCAGCAGGGGUCGGAGUUGGAUUCACUUCUGCUUUACUUUUCAAGUAUGCUGGUCUGGAUAUUGACAAUCUUCAAAACUUGGAGUGCUGUUUGUUUGUUCUUUUCCCAUAUUUCUCAUACAUGCUAGCCGAAGGGCUUGGUCUCUCGGGUAUCGUAUCUAUACUGUUCACUGGAAUAGUUAUGAAGCACUACAGUUUCUCAAACUUGUCAGACAAUUCUCAGAAGUUUGUGUCUGCAUUUUUCCAUCUGAUAUCAUCAUUGGCGGAGACUUUUGUAUUUAUUUACAUGGGAUUUGACAUAGCCAUGGAACAGCAUAGCUGGUCUCAUAUUGGAUUUAUCUUUUUUUCAAUUGUCUUCAUCUGUAUUGCAAGAGCUGCAAAUGUGUUCUGCUGUGGUUAUUUGGUGAAUUUGGUUAGACCUGCGCAUAGAAAAAUACCAAUGAAGCAUCAAAAAGCACUUUGGUAUAGUGGGCUCCGAGGGGCUAUGGCUUUUGCACUUGCCCUGCAAUCAGUUCACGAUCUUCCAGAAGGGCAUGGCCAGACAAUAUUUACUGCCACCACUGCAAUAGUUGUUUUGACAGUCUUGCUGAUAGGAGGAUCAACUGGAACCAUGCUUGAAGCUUUACAUGUUGUGGGUGAUAGCAAUGAGGUGUCAUUGGGAGAAAGCCUUGAGUCAAACAAUGGCUACAGAGCUCCUGUUUAUGAGGAUGAGGAGGAAUCUUCAUCUGGAAACCGGUUUAAGAUGAGACUUAAAGAACUCCGCAAUAGCACCGCAUCUUUUACUGCACUGGAUAGGAACUAUCUCACCCCUUUUUUCACAACUCAAAGUGGCGAGGAAGAUGACGAUCAUGAUGAGCUUUUCAGUGAUUCCGGGAGACCAAGUUUUCAUUGACAUAACCUAUAUUCAUCCUUCAAGAAAUACAACUAACUUCAUAGUGCUAUAUAUAUCUAUAUCUAUAUCUACAUAUAAACUUUGCAUACUCCAAUAGAAUAGCAGUUAGAGAGUAUCAGAGUAAAAAAAUUAGGAGUGGAACUGCUCAGUGCAGCUUCUUCUGAUCAGACCAAUCUAAUUUGUGUACAUGAUGUAUGAAACGAUUUGAAUGGUUCAAUUUUUUUUGGUGGUACAUGAAGUUUUUAAUAUGCAAUGUUGCCAAUCGAUUUUGCUGACUAGGAUGUUAGAAAAUCCAUUUGGUGACAAGUGUGAUUUUGACGACAUCUUCGAGAUGUCACAACAAUCAACAGCAUCUUACCCUACUGAGGGUCUCGUACAAUGAUGAAAUAUAUCGAGUUGUUUUUCA